CCCGGAAGGAGUUGUCAGACGGUGUGGAUACCCCGGAAGGUUUUCUAUGGUGAAGAUGGCUGCAGUUUACAGAGGUUUGGUUCGUCUCCUCCCGCAGUUUGCUCAAAUGCUACCUGUGAAUUGUCCCAGCAACAGUUUAACAACAGAAGGGCUUUGCAGCAUUGGAGGACCAUUGGUGACACUUUCUUCCAGAAUUCAUUUGGGGUCUACAAAUUUCGAUACUACCUCCUUGGUAACCUUGACAGAUGAGCCUGACAGACUUUAUAAGAACAUAUCCGUGUUGGUGAAAGGCCAUGAUAAAGCUGUUCUGGAUAGCUAUGAGUACUUUGCUGCCCUUGCAGCUAAAAUGCUGAACAUCAGUGUUGAUGAAGUAUAUGAACCUCAAAAAAAAAUGGAAAGAAUGACUCUUCUUAAAUCUGUUCAUAUUUUUAAGAAGCACAGAGUUCAGUAUGAGAUGAGAACACACUACAGAUGUAUAGAGCUCAAGCAUCUGACUGGAAGCACUGCUGAUGUAUAUUUGGAAUACAUCCAGCGCAAUCUGCCAGAAGGUGUUGCUAUGGAGGUGACAAAGACGAUGCUCCAGCAGUUACCUGAGUAUAUUAAUGAACCAGUUUGGAACUCAAAUCCUUCAGAAGAUGCAACAAAAACAGACCGAUGAAAGUUGUAUUAUGUAACAGUUUAAUUUUUUUAAAUGCAAUAAUAAAUUAAUGUUAUUAUA